UGAAUUCAGAGUUCAGACCAGAAGCAGAAGCUGACGAAACAAAAUGUGGAAAUGUGGCUCAAACAAGUCAAACUCUCCUCCGAUUCAUUCUGAAAAGAAAAGUUAUGGUGAUGAGAAUCCAGAGCGUGGGAAUUGGACCAACAAGACUGAGCAUGUGUUGUCUAUGAUCGGCUUUGCAAUUGGCCUGGGAAAUAUUUGGAGGUUUCCUUAUCUGGCUUACAAGAACGGAGGAGGUGCUUUUCUUAUCCCAUAUUUUCUUAUGUUGUUUUUUUGUGGAAUACCUCUUCACUUCCUGGAAUCUGUCAUUGGUCAGUUCUGCAGCCAGGGGCCAGUCAACGUAUGGCGAGCAGUACCACUCCUGCAAGGUGUUGGCCUUUCAAUAGUUGUUGUAAAUCUAUUAAUGUCGAUCUACUACAACGUCAUCAUCGCCUACAGUCUGUGCUACAUGUUCGCCUCCAUGCAGAAUCCUCUGCCGUGGUCCGACUGCUUCAGCUGGGCCAACGAGAACUGCAGCAAAACUCCUAGAGUGUACUGUAAUGGAUCCAAUGAUUUAUUGGCUAACUGGACACAGGGAAACAACAGCUGCUCUUCACUGAACUCCGUUCCAGUGCAGAGUCCAAGUGAACAGUAUUGGGACAUUGUGGUUCUGCAGAGAUCAAGUGGUCUUGAUGAAACAGGGACAAUAGUUUGGCACCUGGCUCUCUGUCUGCUGCUGAGCUCCAUACUUGUUGCUGCGACGCUCAUCAGAGGCAUCAAGUCAUCUGGCAAAGUUGUGUAUUUCACAGCAACAUUUCCAUAUCUAGUAAUUCUCAUCCUGUUGAUCAGAGGUGUGACAUUAGAGGGAGCAAAAGAUGGAAUAGAUUUCUACAUUGGUUCUCAAAGCAAUUUGACCAAACUUGCCGAAGGGCAGACCUGGAAAGAUGCUGCAGUCCAAACCUUUUACUCCCUGGCUGUUGGAUUCGGUGGAUCUACAACUCUGUCUUCCUACUGCAAUUUCCACAACAACAUGAUGCUGGACUCUGUCAUUGUGGGAUUUACUAACCAUGCUACCAGUGUGUUUGCAGGCUUUGCCAUAUUUUCCACUUUGGGACACAUGGCUCACGUCUAUGGAAAACCUGUUUCAGAAGUAGUACAAGAAGGGUUUAGUCUAGUAUUCGUCGUCUAUCCAGAUGCUCUCAGCAAGCUUCCGCUCUCCCCACUGUGGUCCAUUUUGUUCUUCUUCAUGCUCUUGAAUAUCGGCUUGGAUUCUUUGCUUGUAAUAAUAGAAACGAUUUCCACCUGUAUGGAAGAUGCCUUCCCUGAAAAGUUAAAAUCCAAGCAUGCCACAGUGACUGCACUGUUAAAUGCUAUCGUCUUCCUCUUGGGCCUUCCCUGCGUUACACAGGCAGGAAUAUACUGGGUAUCCCUAAUGGACCAAGUCGUUGGAGGCUGGGUGAUCCUGAUUUUGGUUCUGAUGGAGAUCAUUGGCUUCUGCUAUAUAUAUGGUGUAAAUAGUAUCAUCAAAGACAUCGAGAUGAUGAUUGGAGAAAGGAGCUUCUGCUUCUGGCUGUUUUGGAGAGCUUGUUGGUUUGUCAUUUCCCCCGUCGUCACAAUGGCGAUCCUGGUAUGGUCUUUUGUGGUCCUCGUCCCUCCCGUCUACGGAGAGGUCCAGUACCCAGCCUGGGGUCUGGCUUUGGGCUGGUGCAUGAUUGCGGCCAUUCUCAUGUGGAUCCCACUCGUCGCUGGCUAUAAGUUGAUCAGAGCAGAGGGAAACCUGUGGACGCGUCUGAAGUCAUUAUGCGCUCCGUCGGACAAGUGGCAUCCCUUCCUGGACAUCCACAGAGGGGAACGCUACUCGGAAGAAAACUGCAAAACUGCAAAACAAAUUAUGUAAAGAUGUCAGGAAAGGGAUUAGAGACAACAGGGCCUAAUUAGGUCAGUUAAAGUUUAUUUACUAUUAUGUUGUAUAAAUGACAUAGUUCGAACAAUUAUGGACCUAAUGUUGCUCACAGGUUAUAGACUCACUGUACGUCAUGUGUUUACAUGAGUUUUCUUUGAAGCACCAAAGCUGUUAUCUCUGAAAGGUACUGAGGAAGUCAAACACCAUCUACCACUGCUGUGACUGUAGGCGUGUGUGAAGGUUGUUUGUGUUAUUUCAGGAGACCAGUAUCAUAAUCCACAACACUAGUAGCAAAACUAUCUCAAGCUUAGUGACACAGAAUGUUUUUCAUUUAUAGGUUAGACAGCCGGAAACUGUC